AUGAGCAUCACAGACGUCCUCAGCGCAGAAGACAUUGCAGCCGCCCUGCAGGAGUGCCAAGACCCAGAUACUUUUGAGCCCCAAAAAUUCUUCCAGACAUCAGGCCUCUCCAAGAUGUCGGCCAGCCAGGUGAAGGAUGUGUUCCGGUUCAUAGACAACGACCAGAGUGGCUACCUGGAUGAAGAAGAGCUUAAGUUUUUCCUCCAGAAGUUUGAGAGUGGUGCUAGAGAGCUGACCGAGACAGAAACCAAGUCCCUGAUGGCGGCUGCAGAUAAUGAUGGAGAUGGGAAAAUCGGGGCUGAGGAAUUCCAGGAAAUGGUACAUUCUUAA